AUGAUGGAUUUUGAGAAUCUUUUCUCCAAACCCCCCAACCCGGGUCUCGGGAAGAAGCCCGCCACGGACUCUGACCAAAGAAUCGAUGGUGAAAUAGAUGAUACAGAAGUUGAAGAAACACGAGAAGAGAAAAUAAAAUGGAAAGUAAAACUGAAGUGUGAGCAAAUUUCCAAAAAAUUUAGGCACUUUGGAAAGUCUACAUCACGGAAGAAUUUGCAACGUAGAAAAUCAAGAAGUAAGGACUAUGAUGUAUAUAGUGAUAAUGAUAUCUGCAGUCAGGAAUCAGAAGAUAAUUUUGCUAAAGAGCUUCAACAAUAUAUACAAGCUAAAGAGAUGGCAAAUGUUACUCAAUCCUUAUCGCUUCCUGAAGAAUCUGUGAAGAAAGAGGGAGCAAAGGAUACCCAGAAAGGUAAAGCUGUUAAACAAAAAAAUAAAAAUAAAAACCUUAAAGCUGUUCACAAGAAUGGUAAACAGAAGAAAAUGAAGCGAAAAUGGCCUGGCACUGGAGACAAAGGAUCAAACGCUUCCCUGAGGAACAAUGGCUCACAGGAACAGGAUGGUAAACCUAAAGAGAAGCAGCAGCCUGUGAGAAUGAGUCAGGGAUUCAUCAACCAACAAACGGUGCAACGCCAGGGAAAACAAAUUUGUAAAUAUUUUCUUGCAAGAAAAUGUAUUAAGGGAGCCCAGUGUAAAUUUGAUCAUGCUGCAGAGAUAGAGAAGAAAAAGGAAAUGUGUAAGUUUUAUGUACAAGGAUAUUGUACCAGAGGUGAAAACUGUCUAUAUUUGCAUAAUGAGUAUCCUUGCAAGUUUUACCAUACAGGAGCAAAAUGUUAUCAGGGAGACUAUUGCAAGUUUUCACAUGAUGCACUGACUGCUGAAACACAAGAACUGUUGGCUAAAGUUUUGAAUCCUGAAAAGAAGUCGUCAUGA